CCCAGAAACAACUUGUUGAGCGGCAGAAAGAGCCAGCGCAUCGCUCUCUGUUUUGUUGUUCCACGCACACGCACUCCACAGAAUUACACACGUCAGCAGCGUGUAGGUCAGAUUAAGGGAACCAUUAAUCGCAACCACACAGGAUCGAGAUGCGUCAGCUGAAGGGAAAGGUCAAGGAGACGCGCAAGCAGAAAAAGGAGCGCAAGCUGGACAACCUCGAGAGCCAGGCCAAAAUCCGCACUGUAGUGCUGCCCGCGGUGGGGGUGCUUGCUGUUUUCCUGGUAUUGUUCGUUUACCUGAAAACCCGCCCGGCGGUCUUGGCCUAAUCGAAAGGACAACUUCAAACAUACAUUUAUAGCUCUAAGUUAAAGUGAAAGCCCUGCAAAGAUUAAACUUGUUUACAGAGAUAGCUUUAAAAGUAACAUUAAAUCGCCAUUCGUUCGGCAAAAAUGUAUCUUUUAUUUACAGUGGAACCUUGCUAAGAUCAACACAUCAAUUUUCUAUAUAAUUUUAAAAAUACUGUACAGUAUUCGUCCAAGUGAAAACAUUUCUUUUAAUUGAUCCCGUUUUUAUUUUUCAUUUUAAUAGUACAGGUCAAACGAGAAGGUAUUUACAUUUGGUUUAGUCACGAUUUUGUUAAAUUGAAGAAGCCAACAUUUUGUUUACGUAAUAAAAAAUUAUUUUCGUCAGUUAACAUUUCUGAGGCUGGUCUGUACUUCGCCUGUAAGUGCUAAUAGUGUUGAAAAACACCGAAAGCAAUGGCGCCUAAAUCAAAACGAAAAAAUCCAUCAGGAGAACUGUAAAAACCCGGCCAAAGUGUGUAAAUGAAUGUUUUAGUCAAGACAGUGGCAACCACAAACAGGUUUUAUUUUUGGCCACUAAGCGAUUCGAUUUCCCUUGCAUUGCCCUUGCUUGUUAUUUCCACCACAUCCGCAGAGCAAAAUAGUUCGCAGUCGGUGACCUCAACCUCUAUAACGACAAAUUUUAGUGAAAGUGCAGUGCGAAAAGCAGUAACUGCAAAAGCGUUAUCAGCUCGACACCGAUUAUCUAAUCACAGCUGGGAGAGUCGCAGAGAGCCAGUCAGCUGCUGUCAACCACCGCUCUCAUUCGCAUUUUUGACGUUUCUUUUGCACAUUCUCACUCUCACACUGGCGGUUGCAGGCGACAAAGGCGCUUUCCAUUACUCGACAAUGCUGAAGUUUUUGUUGACCUUUGGCGCCGGGGUUUAUACGGGCAUCUACGUUUCGCAGAACUAUGAGGUCCCCCGGGUAGAUGAUCCGCAGAAGUUGAUCCAGCGUCUGAACGAAAAAGUGAAGGAGCUGGUUGACCAAAGCAAGAACAAGUAACAGCCUUGAUCCGCUGGUGAGAAACUUGUGGACGACAUCAAAAAGGAGGCUAAAAAGAUACUGGAUGACUGACUGGUGCGAUGAGUUCUCGUUUUGAUGUUAAACAAAUUUAUCUAUUAUCAAAUAAAGCGAUGUUACAUGUGUAA